CCAAACUCCAACCCUUUUGUUAAUAUGACCCCACUAUUCGACUUUCUCGUCAAUCGCCCGUCAGAAAUUUUCGCUCAAUACCAUGACCUCAUCGAGCAUAGCGAUUUUUCUCUUCCCACAUGGCUAUCUCUGGGCGCGUUGUUCCAGGUGAUUAUGUCUUUCUGGCUCCCUCCACGUGUCAGCGCUUUGCUACCGCUGGGGUGGUUAGCGUAUAGGUUUUUGAAGUCAGCAUCCGACAUGAACAGGUUGGAUCUGACAGGGAAGGAAGGUUAUAGCAUGGGUAUCACUCCGGGAUUGCUCACUACGAAAUUCGAUGAGCCAGUGGGAGAUCAAAAGACCAAAACCAACGAUGGAGUGGUUUUGUUCCUGCUGAGCGCGAGAUAUAACCAUCCUUUUGGAAAGCUGGCACCUGGAUUUGCUGAAAUCGACAUUGUAUUUAAAGACAUGUUUCGUGAAGCAGAAAAGGAAAAAGCGAAAUACAGCUAUCUCGGUUCUUCAGACGUUCUCUUUGACAUGUCCGAUAAACAGUCCACAACCGUCGUCUUUCUGACCUACUGGAAGGAUCUUGCCGGCUUACAAGAAUUUGCCCAAGGUCCAUCGCACCGUGUGGGUUGGAACGCAUACAAUCAGGGACAUUUCCCUUAUAUGGGCAUCAUGCAUGAGACAUAUCAUGCACCGAAAGGGCAUUGGGAGACAAUUUAUCACAACAUGAGACCAUUUGGAAUGGCUGGCACGAGUUAUAUACCUGUAGGCAAGGAAGGAGAAACAGAAGGAGUCAAAUUGGGAAUGCAAUUGGUUCCCAAACCGAAAGGUAGCUCAAUGAUGAGCCGGAUGCGGAAGGUCAAGGGCGAAGGCUGGGAUAUUUGA